AUGGAAGAACCCUUGUAUUCAAUGUUCACAAGGGCAGACGCAGAGAGGAACUCCCACGCAGGCCGCCUUCCCCUGCUGGAUGGGAUUGAUUCUUACACUCAGUCAUUCCUGGAGCAGUGCCGUUUCCAUCAAGGGCACUCUAUGAUCCCGAUGGAAGUGUCGCCGGCCGAUCAUACUUACUUCUGGUCCCGUAAUCCAGAGAAUAAGGGCUCGGAACAGCAUGGGCUUCAUAACGGGCAUUUCAAGGCUGGGAUUUAUUCUCCCAUGGUGGCCCAAUGCGACGCUCUCUUCCGCCACAUACCCUUGACAACUGGGUUUGUCCCUGACAACUGGCGGCAUCUGAUGAAUUUUACCAUUGAAAAGAAGCCGGGCGACUUUCGGCUGACGAAAAUGCGUACGAUUCAGCUCAUGAAUUCUGAAUCCCAAGCGAACUACAAGAAACUGGGCCGCCUGGCCAUGGCCUACGGCGAAGAGCAUCACCUCUUAGCCGAUGGACAGUGUGGGUCUAGAAAACACCAUCAAGCGAUCGAUCUUGCCCUGUCUAAACGCCUCGUGUGGGACCUUCUGAUCCUCCAGCGCCGCUCUGCGGGUUGGAUUUCAAAUGACGCAAAGUCUUGUUUUGAUCGGGUCGUCCAUUGGGUUGCGGUGUUAGCUAUGAUGCGUCUGGCGAUUACUUGGAAUGCGUUGCGCAUGAUGUUUGACACUCUCGCAACAUCCAAGCACCGAGUGCGGACAGGCUUUGGUGACUCUGAAGUGAGCUUUCAUCCCCCUUCCAUGGUACCCUUUCAGGGUUGCGGCCAGGGCAACGGAGCGGGCCCGCCCAUUUGGGUCUCCGUCAGCUCCGUCAUCGUCCAGAUGAUGACCGCGAUGGGCUUCGGCUUCGAAUGCCUCACCGCGAUUGAUUCUCAACUGAUCACCGCUCAGUGCUUCUGCUUCGUCGACGAUACAGAUGUGAUCGAAGUGGGCAAGUCCGUGGAACAAUCUGGCGAGGAUAUAUGCCACUCCGUCCAACAAGCGGCUUCCACGUGGGCUGGAGGCAUUAGUGCUACUGGAGGGGCAAUUAACCCAGAAAAGUCCUUUUGGUGGUUGAUUGACUUUGUGUGGGACUCCAGAGAGGGCAAAUGGAGGUUCCGCCGGACGCACCAACUUCUACCGGAUCAUCCAUUACAAAUACCUGGACUGACUGGCGAAUUGGAAGCCUUACGCCGUCUGGAGCCGGAUGAGGCAGAGAAAACCUUGGGGGUCAUGUUGGCCCCAUUGGAAGAUCAACAUGCUCACGUCGCCCACCUCAAGAGUAUCGCCAAAAAGUGGGCUGAGCAAGUGCGAUCGGGGCAUCUACACAAAUACGAUGUCAUUCCCCUUAUCAAGACAACAGUGAUGAAAUCCCUGGAAUAUCCUAUGGUGUUAACUACACUGGAUGCUGCGACAUGGGUGUCAAUUAUGAGUCCUGUUCUCCAAGUCUGCCUGCCGAAGGCCGGCAUAUGUAGGAGCUUUCCUCGUGACAUGGUUCUUGCCCCUCUCAAAUUCCAGGGUCUGGGCAUCCCCCAUCCGUUUGGUACUCAGGUGUCUAAACAUAUUGAGGUCCUGCUUCGCCACUUGUCCAACCGAACAAAAACUGGGGCGUAUAUGGAGGCUGCGGUUCAAGAACACCAACUUGAGACCGGCACCUCCUUUGGACUCUUCCAGCAGGACUAUAGCAACACGGCAAUUUUGGCGUCAGAUACUUGGCUCAAAAGAGUCUGGAAAGAGUUGGAGGACUUGGAUAUCUACGUUGCUCUUGACUCUCCUGUCCUCCUCUCCGGUGCGAAGGCGAUGCCUUGCUCAUUGAGGUAUUCAUGGAGUUGGAAGUGGAUCAGGACGCUCUAA